ACAGCCCCCCUGGGCCUGUGGUCCCAGCCCCUGGUCCCUAGCGUUUACCUCUUCCCCAUUUGUGAGUCUUAGCCUUUAAAGACCCCCGCUUCGCCCACAGUCCUUUCUCACUCUCUCUGGUGUGGGUCUCGACAGAACCCUUUAGAGAACAGAAUCCUCUACAGAAGAACCCAUUACAGAACCCCCUGCAACCUGAGAAGCCUCUUGCUGUCGGUCUUCUCUCCUGUGUGUCAGCUCGAAGGAGAGGGGGUUUGCUGAUGGGCAGCAAAGAGGAUGUGUUUCGGUUAUCCACUUUUAUACAACUUCAACUAAACUCUUUUAAUGGCUGUUCCAUGUCGUGUGUACGUUGUCUCUCUGCAAUCCUUACUAGUAUGUUUGGUCAGUCUCAGUCCCAUGUAUCCUAGUUGUUUUGUUUGUUUACAUAUAUAUUGUAUAUUGUUCUGAGCAUGAUCGGAAUAACGUCAGCAGCCUGCAGAGGCUGGUGGUUUACUGGACAACCGGACAGCAGUCUGGCUAAAUGACCACUGGUGGUUGGCUGGUGUGUGUGUGUGUGUGGGUGGGUGGGUGGGUGUGUGUGUGUGUGUGUAGAGGUGUGUGAGAGAGAAAGAAAGAGAAAGAAAGAAAGAAAAUGUGCGUGCACCAUAACCAUGUUGGUCUGAGGACCUCAUACUGCCAUGGCUACCAUGAAUCGCUUUGGUUUUUCUCUUUUUUUAAUCUGAAUAUUAGUUUUCUAUCAGAGUAGUCAAUACCUUUUCAACCACAGAUGUUUAAUUUAUGAUAGGUUUAAAUUAGGAUGGACAGUCCGCUAAACAGUAGCCGAUUAGAUCGUUGCGUGACAUCCAGUACAUUUUUGUGUUUUACAAAUUCCUACAUAAAAAAAUGUUAUUAAAACCUUAUGAAAAAAUAUUUCGUUUAUAUUUCAUUUUACAAUAAUUGCAUCCAACACGCUCAACGAUUUUUUUUGUGGAAAUGUUGGAUUAAAUCAAUCUGCCAUGAAGUGUUAUAUUUCGGUCAAAAGUAAUUGAAAUGAUCACGAUUAACCACCGUGCAUAAAAUGAUAAAGCCGGUUCAUUAACUCUUAUUUAGAAUAUGCCAAAAAUGUCGGAAAUCCUGUGAACUGUAUUUCUACCAUUAUAUUGGCGGUUGAUGCAUAAAGCCAUCCACCAUCCGUGAUGGUUCCGUGAUAAAAACAUGUCCACAUAAUCCUGAGCAUCUAGAUGCGUGUGAUUUCAUCACUUUUGGUUACCAGCUUCGUCUCAUGUCCUCCCCUCACCCUCCGGACAUGAAAAACCAUGGUAUAGCCUGGCGUAGGAUCACUUUUUUAUCAACAUAUAUAUAAAGGUGUGACGGCUUUUUAAAUUGUAUGUUUUUAUGCAAGUGGUUAUAUCACCAAUGCCGAAGGACGUGGUGACAAGGUGUAUUUUUUUUACAUGUAUUUAUUAGCCUUUAACGGUUUCCAGGUCUAGUUUUUAUUUCAUAUUAUUACGUCGAUAGUCAAAAGAUUUAAACAACAUUGUUUACGGUCGAAAGGCUAUUGAUGUAAACAAUAAUAUUAUUUCAUGGGCAAUUAGGAACAGAUUUGUUUAUUGUGCAGGGCAGCCCUAUUCACAUGUAAGUUUGAUCUUUUCAAUAUUCCCAGAAAUGAUAAACUGUUCCCAGAAAUAACCCCGUUGACCAUCAAGACCAUGCAGCCUAUAGGUAAAACAAAUGUAUUGACUUUACAUAAAAGAUCAUACUUGGACUAUAGUUUAUUUGUAAACUAUAUUGCUACAUGUCCCAAGACAAAUGCAAAUCUUAAGAGUUUCUUAGAACCUGUUUGAAAAUCGUACAUAAAAUAUCUUAUUGGCCUUUUUAGCCUUUAUUUUUCUACAUGACUGAAGCUAAGUACGACUUGUUUACUUUCUAGAAAUGUGAUCAGCCUAUACAGAACAGAUUUGUCGAUCAGUGUGAAAAGAAAAGCCAUCAUGUGCUCUCAAAAAGUUGAGAGUCCGUUACUGGAGGGCCACCCUUCUCACCCUCUGAGUUUCCACCCUCCCACUUCAGGCCAGGGGCGCACAACUUAACUUUCACUCCAGACGAGUAGAGAGACGGUGUCUUGGAGCAUGCCUGCUAACCCUUCAAUUCCAUGCAGCUAGCCUACUUCCUGUAGGCACCAGUUCCACCCCGAAAGAGGGAGAAAAAAUUGGAAGGCAGACUUAGACUGUUCUAAAUACGGCGUUCUGAGAAGCACUAAAUUGGUUGCAACGCAAGCCGCGUCGUCUACAAUUUGUAAUCCCAGUAAUUCCGUGUGAGCUGGGAGGCUGUUUUGUGCAAAAGGAGAAAACCGCUUUGGGGUUCACGUCGAGCCGUGCGUAAAACACUGAAAAUCCAUGGUACGGAGGAAAUACAAUUGACUCUUAUCAUCGUUUCUGUGUGUGCAUGAAAGGUAUAUCAGAAAUCAACAGUCGAGUUUGGAAUCGACCGUGCUGAUAUUCCAGUGGUUUCAUGUAUUGGAAAAAUGAGAUUCUGGCCCCUCUGUCAGAGGGGAACCAGUUUCUAUCCGAAGGAAUUCCCCCAAAACAGGUGAUUUUACCCGAUUCUCAGAACACGCCGGGUGCUUCGCGCUGUGUGGACACCGAGCACGAACUAAUGUCUCACUCCGACGGAGAAUCCCACCGAUCCAUAAUGGAAAGGGAGGACACGCGCUCCUCACCAAGCCCUCCGUCAACCCCGUCCAUCUGCUCACCCACGUCCACCGUUUCGUCCGUGCCUUCCACUGUGAAGAACGUGUGCGCAAGCUGCGGUUUGGAGAUACUGGACAGAUAUCUUCUCAAGGUGAAUAAUUUGAUCUGGCAUUUGCGGUGUCUGGAGUGUUCUGUGUGCAGGACGUCGUUGCGGCAGCAUAACAGCUGCUACAUCAAAAACAAAGAGAUCUUCUGUAAAAUGGAUUAUUUCAGUAGGUUUGGUACAAAGUGUGCUCGCUGUGGACGCCAGAUCUAUGCCAGUGACUGGGUCCGCCGUGCCCGAGGCAAUGCCUACCACCUGGCCUGCUUUGCCUGCUUCUCCUGCAAACGCCAGCUGUCCACGGGGGAAGAGUUCGGCCUGGUGGAAGAGAAGGUGCUCUGCAGGAUCCACUACGACACCAUGGUGGAGAACCUCAAACGAGCCGCAGAGAGCGGGAGUGGGAUCACCCUGGAGGGGGCUGUGCCUUCAGAACAAGACAGCCAGCCCAAACCUGCUAAGAGGGCUCGUACCUCCUUCACGGCAGAGCAGCUACAGAUCAUGCAGGCCCAGUUUGCCCAGGACAACAACCCUGACGCCCAGACACUGCAGAAGCUGGCCGACAUGACGGGGCUGAGCAGGAGGGUCAUACAGGUGUGGUUUCAAAACUGCAGAGCAAGACACAAAAAGCAUACCCCCCAGCACAGCGGCCCCCCACAGGGACACCCCCAGUCCCGGAUGCCUCCCUCCCUCCCAGACGACCUGCAUUACUCUCCCUUUGGCAGUCCUGAGAGGGCCCGCAUGGUAGCCCUACACGGUUACUUAGACAACCACCCCUUCUCCAUGCUCACCACACAGGGUCUCCCUCACCAGGCCAUGUCCAUGCCCCAGCUUCCUCUGAGCCGCUAGCUGCGCCGCUACCCCUGACCUCCGACCUUCCAACACGCACCUCCUCCCCCCAACGAAACCCCCUCUGCAGCCCCCUCUGCUCCCACCACCCGGGAGUAAACCUGACUUAACAAGGAGAGGAGGCACACCCUACUUCUGAACCCUCUAUGGAGAGAGACAAAAAGAAAAAGAGACAGGCCAGGAGAGAUAAAAAGACUGCAUCAACAAGCCUUUUCUACGGACAGGAGAAUCUCACCUGCAACCAGUCUGACUGCCAUGGAUGCCUGUCCCUUUAAAGACGCCUGACGCCUUGGCGACCGACAGCCCUGGCCUCUGAACACCUUAACCAAGACCAGGAGCUCUCUCUGUUGGACUCUAUUACUCCGUCCUCACCCUGGUCCAUCAUCUCCCUUGGAGGGAGAUGGGGCCCAGCCAGCAGGAUUACAACUGUGGGUUUGUGUGCAGAUCAGAGAUGAGGACGGGAUGAGAAGGAGGCUGCAGAUGUGUUUUGGGAGCACGUGUGUAGACACAGAGGUAAGACCCUGCCUCAUUUCUCUCUAUGAAAUCUAAACCACAGAAGGAACUUAAAACACAACUCUGAUAGGAUGUCCACUAUGAAGAAUAGAAAAGACAGAACACACAGAGCUCACAGCAAAAACAUUACGAUCACUGAAUACUAAAUAAGACUAGAUUGUGUGCCUUUUUUAUGAAUUGUCUGGUUUAUCAAAUCAAAAUACAUUUGUUUAAUUGGAUAGUGAAUUAAUUUUCUAGUAGCAGCAAGCUAAUAUAACAUGCACAAUGCCAGCAGGUACAAAUGUAAUUAAGUUUGUAACUUAAAAAUACUUUUUUCAUUUGGGAAAUGUCCAAAUAAUUAUGUAUGGAUUUUAGUGGAAUUUCUGCUCGUCAAAUGGACUUUGUUGUAAUUAUACAAUAUAUAUCCAAAAUAGUUUUUUGGGCAAUUUAUUAAUACCCUUCAUAAGUAGGACCCACAUUAAAAGCACAGUUGUAAACUGAAACGUGCUAUACAUUAACACUUCACAUCUAAAUCGUUUUUUAAUGAUGGAUAUCAUUGUGGACAGUAAAUGAAAUAUGCUUCAGCCCUUUCUGAAUUAUCACACAACUAGGCUUGUAGAUUCCUUAAGAAGAACACAUUGAAGAAUGAAAGAAAUGAAACAAGAAAGCGAGGGAGGGAAGAUGGAAGUGUGUGUCCACAUGGAAAAUCAGCAAUCUUCCUCCUUCAGUUACAGAAAGAGAAAUGCAGACAGUUACAUGUCAUAUUUACAUGUAAAACCUUGCUUAUUUUUUAAAACAGGUGGAUUGUCACUAAUUUAUGAUUUGGGUCUGUGCAGGAUGAUCUUAGUCUGUGUUUUUUGUCUUUAAGCUUGUCCAGUCAGUGUGCUUCACUUAUAGGGGAGGAAGGGGUACACACAACGGACAGGGGAUGUAAAUAGAUGUGUGUGUGUGUGUGUGUGAGCGAGUGUGUGUUUGGCCAGUCUGACAGAGUGUGUAUGUGGUGUCUUGGCUGUCCAGUGAGGACUAUGAUCCUGUGUUUACAAGAGGAGAUCAGACCUCCAUCAUGUUCCUAUAUUUAUUAUUACUGAGACAAUAGCCUGUAAGCACUUUUUUGUUCUCUGAAAUUGUCUUAUUGUUUUAUUAAAAAUGUAAAACAAAGGUUUAUUUGAUUGACUGUACAUCAUAAAUGUUUUGUGUACUCAAUGCAAUAAAAUAAACUUUAAAAUGUGACCUUUG